UAUUCUAUUUGAAUCCUCUGAUUCUGAACCCUAAACUUAGGUUUUGAAUUUCUCCAACUUCAACCAAUGGCCACCGCAGCUUUCAAAUCUACCACCAAGAGAACACCUGUCGGAGGAGCUUCCUCCACUUCCUCCGCCGAAGACUCCGCCUCCUCCUCCCUCCACCACCGCCGUUCCCGGAGUCUCAGCCGAUCCUCCCGCCUCCUUCCUUCUCGCGACAAUGACAACAACAACCUCACCGCACCGAGAGGCAGGUUCGUCAACACCGUCAGGGGCUCCGGCUUUCCGGAGAUCAGCCUCGACGAUCUCGCCAUCGAGUUCUUCGAAUCCGCGAAUCGCGGUCGCGUCGUUUCCGGUAACUCCGAGUCCGAGGCCAGUCCUGCCGGCGGCACCGCGUCGCAGAGACGAGGGAGGUCCGUUUCGAGGAAGAGCUCGGGAGUUGGUGAUGAUAGAAAGAGCAGUAUUGGUGGCGGAGGAGUAAGACCUGUCUCCGAUGCUAAUUCGAGAAGAAGAAGAUCGGUUUCGGUGGUUCGGUACCAAAUUAGUGAUUCUGAGAGUGACCUAGAUCAUUCUCAGAAUUCUAGAAGUCGUUCAAAUCUGAAAAAUACGGAUAUUGGGAACAAGCUAAUGCACAAGCCAGUUGCUUCAGAUCAAAGACCAGUGCUAAGAAAGUCCCUAAGCCAGAAGGAUUUAAGGUCAUAUGAUGGCUACUCUAGUCAAUCAUCAGUUCUCACUGACGAUGAAGGAGCAGGUGCUCACUUUAAUAAAAGUGGUAUUGAGAAAUCACGAGCAAUUCAUGCACAGAAGAAGGUGGCACUUACUGACAUGAAUAAUGGAUUGCAUAAAGCAAUACGGAGAGAAUUAAAGCAUAUGGAAACAGAGCAAGCUGUGGUGAGACCAAGAACAUCCACUUUAUCCGCAGGUGAUGGCUUGAUGCCAAACAAUUCCGAUGUUAUUCAGGCUGUUUCUUCAAUCAGAAGGAACUAUGAAACGGAACUGGAACAGUCAGAGAAGCGAAAACAGGAUUUAUUAGCUCGAAUAGUGUUUGAGGAGCAGCGAGGCAGAGAACUUUCUAUGAUUGUUAAUGAAUUGAUUCCUGCUACAAAGAACAAUUCUACACAAAAACCAUUGAGAGCCAGGAAGAAGAGUAAUGACAGAAGCAGAAUGUCUUUGCGCUUGACUGAGGAGGCUGAGAAGUAUAUUGAGGAUUUUAUUUCAAAUGUUGAAGAUACCGAUAUUUCGUCACUUGAUGGAGAAAGGAGUGACACAAGCUCAUCCAUUGGAGGACUGAUAAAACCUGAAAAAUUAAAUAAUCCAGCAAUGCCUAGAUCUCUUCCUGUUUUGAUGGAUGGGGUUACGUUGCCAUGGUUGCAAUGGGAGACAAGUAAUGACACUUCUCCUAUAACAAGCCUGAAUAAGUCACAUUCCACGUUGUCUCCAAAAACUUCAAGUUCCACUCAGGAAAUCACCAAAGCACAAGAUGAAAGUAACCAUUCUGUCAGCAGUCGUGGAAGCUGGAGCCCUGAUGGCCUUAAGGAGUAUGUUGGAAAGGACGUAUUCAGUAAAUUUGGAGAAGUUUAUAGUUAUACGGACCAGUCAGUCUCUACUAAAUCCAAAGGAUUGAGGUAUGAUAUAGAUGAGUACAUCAAAGUUAAAAGCAAUGAAGAUUUUCUGAUUGAGAGAUGGAACCAGCGGCAGAGAAUUAAUUCAGGCAGUCUCUUAUUAUGUAACCUAAGACUAUUUUAGACAUAAGGAUGUCCACUCCCCCUUCUCCCCCGGUAUGGUUUCUUU